AUGCAGGAUUUCGAGCCAUCGUUCGUGCAGGGUGUCAUGGAAACGGUAGUCCCAUACCUACUGGAUCACAGGCGGUACGGAAAGCAUUCUCAGAGAAUGCCGGACGCCGUCAAAUUCACAAAGCACCAACUGCGCAUCAUCAUCGACAAUUCGUACAAUGACAAGGACAAGGACACCCCCAGCAUGUGGCAUCAGAACAUCUACCACUGUGAUUUCAUCAGCAUCGUCCGUCCAGCGAUCGGCCAUAUCUCCGAUGCAGACACUCGUGCUAUUCUCAAAAGCAGUGUGUCUAUCGUCUUCGGCCACGACUCCAUAUUCAUUCGAUUCCCCUCCGAACGGGUUACAAGCGUGACUCGAUUCCCGUGGCAUUUGAAAGACAUUCGUUCAGAUAAGAGCAAGGCUGCUAUUCCCAACCGCAUUUUUGCGAGAAUGGAUGACAACGACGAGGCUGAUGAAAUGGACGUGGCAUCGGGGGAGGAAGAGUCGAGCGUUGCCGCAAAGUCUGCGCAUCUCAUCCUCGACCUUGACCACAAAGCCAUAGAGCGGGUCUACACAAAUGUCGACACAUUUCGAGCUCGUCAUGUUCAGUUGAAGGUCGUCCUCCAUAGCGAUGGCGCCCUCGCCUACAAGCUCAAGGUUCCAGGGGUGAUGCAUUGCAACGUGGUGGACAAGAAGAAACAGGUGAAAGCGAAUGGGAAG